UAAAUUACUCAAUCCUGAAAUGCACAAAACAUAUUCAACCCCAGAAAACAAACGUAACUAGUAACAGUGUUUCAAAAAAUCAAGAGAACACACUAUAAUCGGUUAUGAAUGUACAAAUGUUUUGCCACUUGGUUUGAUAGCUCAGAACUAGUCAAUAAGACAAGCCUGGAUGUUUUGUUUCUGCUGUCCUUUGUAGCAAUAAUUUGGAAGAAAAUAAAAAAAAAUUAAAGUUCAAUGGCAGCAUUUAUGGUACACAACCGGAUUGCUCGAGUCAUUACAAAUUGCCCUGCCCACCACGGAGUUGAGCCCUUUCAAUAGCAGCAUUUGCAUCACAUGAGAGUGAAGCUUUAUGAAAACGAAACUUUAGGGAGAAGCAGAUGCAUCGUCAAUGUAUAGACCUAAAACCCACAAGGAAUGUACUCCAGUAUUCAGUAGAAAGAAAAUCCUAUUCAAAAACCAUCACCUUAUCACCAUUCAAUUUACACACAAUAAUGACUUCAUCACUCGAAUGAAAACUUAUCAUUGCUGCAUUGAUACUACUAGGAAUGUGGGCUUCUCAGGCCACAUCCCGAACACUACCUGAAGCAUCCAUUUCAGAGAGACAUGAGCAAUGGAUGGCUCGUCAUGGACGUGUUUACAAGGAUAUUGCAGAGAAGGAAAGGCUUUUUACGAUAUUCAAGGACAAUGUAGAGUUCAUAGAAUCUUUCAACAAAGUUGGGAAUCGACCUUAAAAGUUGAGCAUCAAUGAAUUUGCAGACCAGACAAAUGAGGAGUUUAAGGCCUCUCGCAAUGGAUACAAGAUGCCAUCCAAUCCAAAGGCAAAUGAAAGCUACAUCGUUCAAGUAUGAAAAUGUGACUGUAGUACCAGCUAGCAUGGACUGGAGGAAGAAAGGAGCUGUUACACCUAUUAAGGAUCAAGGUCAAUGUGGUAAGGAAUCCUCUUUUAUAAACUUCACCAUGUGCAGCUACACUUUUCAAAUCCAUGAAUUGUUUUUUCUCACCAGUGCAAUUCUAUCAACAGGAAGUUGCAGGGCAUUUUCAACGAUAGCAGCCACAGAAGGGAUUACAUUACUUACAACUGGUAAAUUGAUCUCACUGUCCGAGCAGGAACUAGUGGACUGUGAUAGAAGUGGUGAAGAUGAAGGAUGUGAGGGUGGCUACAUUGAAGAUGGGUUCAAAUUUAUCGUCAAAAGCAAAGGCAUUGCCACUGAAGCAAUUUAUCCAUAUCAAGCAACCGAUGGAACCUGCAACACUAAGGAAGAAGCUUCCCAUGCUGCCAAGAUCAAGGGUUAUGAGAAUGUGCCUAUCAAUAGUCAGAAGGCACUGCUGAAGGCCGUGGCCAAUCAACCAGUUUCAGUUUCCAUUGAUGCAAGCGGAGCUGCGUUCCAGUUUUACUCAAGCGGGGUUUUCACAGGAGAUUGUGGAACCGAUCUAGACCAUGGUGUUAUGGCAGUUGGAUAUGGAACAACUGCUGAUGGCACCAAGUAUUGGUUAGUCAAGAAUUCAUGCGGCACCACUUCGGGAGACAAAGGGUACAUCAUGAUACAAAGAGAUAUUGGUGCCAAAGAAGGCCUUUGUGGGAUUGCCAUGGAUUCUUCCUAUCCAAUAGCUUAGAUAUUACCACAUGACUUGUGAAUCUUCAAUCUAAUAUGGUACUAAAUGGUCUUGGCCAAAUCUACUUGUGCAAGUGUGCUGUGCAUUAUGUGCAUUAUGUGCAUUAUGUGAAUCUUCAAUUUAGCAUUAUGUG